AUGGCUGGCACAACAGAGACACCGAACAAACGACAGUCGUACAGUGGCGGCGCCGAGUCGCCCACGACAGCUCGCCCUUUUGAGAUGGAUGACGACGAUGUACAAGACUCCGGCGUGCUCUCCCCUGACGGCAACACUACCUCCACCAGUGCGGCGACCGCCACGAACACAGCUGCGAAUACCUCCGUCGCAACUCCUCCAGCGCCGACCGUCACGGACGAGGAAGAGCCGGCUCCAGCGAAGCCUCCGAGGCCAAUGACCGAAGCGCAAAAGAACCAACAAACUCUCAAGGAAGCCUUCCCUAGCAUUGAUAUGGGUGUUAUCAAGGCUGUCUUGUCUGCAAGUGGUGGGCGCGUGGAACCAGCUUUCAACGCCUUGCUUGAGAUGACCGACCCUGAUGCAGUUACAAGGGAACCUCAAGUGGAAGCCGCAGCGGCGCCCCCUCCACAGCCCCCUCGUCCCCAGGGUGGACGGCAGAUAUCGCAGCUGGAGGCCGAUGAACUAUACGCGAGACAACUUGCUGACCACUUCGACAACGUUGGUGCCUAUGAAAACCGCACCUCCAAUCGCAGCAGGCAACAGCGACAGGAACGCGGGAGCGAGGAGGACAAGGAGUACAGUUUCAUGGAGGACGAUCUACCCCAGAUCCGCGACAACCUGCGCCAGGGCUUCUUCGAAACACAGACCAAGGUCAACAGCUGGAUCACUACGAUGAAGAAGCGUCUGGAAGAGCAAUUUGAUGAGUCUGACGAUCAGCCUCACCGUUCAGGCCACCGCACGGGAGAGUCAAGCCGUAGGAGCGGUGACUAUGACGCGGAUCCUCAGGUCCUCAGCGAUGAUUUCGCAGGCAUGCGCUUCACUCAGGAUGGCACACCCGCCAACCGAUCUCAGAGCAGCAUCUAUCGCCCGCCAUCUCACUCACCUCGCCCAACGUCCAAGUCGCCCCGUCCGAAUGAUGGCCGCAGGGUGGGUUUCAAAGAAGAGACAGAGGAGAUCAGCAUGUACGACUCGUCACCCAAGGUGCCACCAAAGGACAACCCGCCUGCCAAGGCAAGCAAGUGGCAGCCAUUGUCAACAGUUGAGCCGAGCCCGAUUGGUGACAACGACCCCUUCAGCUUGGGAGACAGCGAGGACGAGAAGGAUGUCAAGGACAAUGUUAAAGACAAGACAAAGGAUGAGAACGACGAGGAUACUGAACGUUUGAAAAAGGCAGCUGCAGAAGCCAUGGCGGAUGACAUGGUUGCGCCUGGGAGGGAAGGAGGAAGCUCUAAGGAGAAAUUCGGCAAGCAGAUCCAGAAGCGCCAGCUGGAGGUCCCUGAGUACGCUGCCAGCUUUGUCAACUACAAGGCGCUGAAGAAGCUCAUCAAGAAGCUCUCCGCCACGCCGACACUCGCUGCCCUCAACGGCACAAACCGAACAGCCGUUGCAGCCGACUCACAGGCGGCGCUCCAAGCAAAUAAGGCUACGUUCUUCUUCCAGCUGGAACGCGAAUUAGACAAGGUCAAUGCUUUUUAUCUGCAGAAGGAGGCGGAGCUCAAAAUUCGCCUGAAGACGCUGCUCGACAAAAAGAAGGUGCUACAGUCGAGACAAGGCAUCUCGAGACGAUCUGCUAAGUUCACAACGCUCGAGGAAGGGUUCCAGCAGUUCGCCACCGAUUUGAACAAGCUGCAGCAGUUCAUCGAGAUCAAUGGUACGGCGUUCUCAAAGAUCCUGAAGAAGUGGGAUAAGACUAGCAAGUCAAAGACCAAAGAGCUAUAUCUAUCUCGCGCUGUUGAGGUGCAGCCAUUCUUCAACGCAACAGUAAUCAGCGAGUUGUCAGAUCAGGCGACGACGAGCCUGCAGGAGCUGGGCGCCUGGUCAGAUGGCAUUCAGGUUGAUUUCCGAUCGUCUGGUCAUGUUGUUACCAGCCAACAUUUCCUGGGCACAGACGAAGGAGAUGCAGACACUCUCCUGCUUGACACCGUUGUCACGGGUAAUAUUGCAACGUUGCGAGACCUGCUCGCCAAGAUGAAUGCGUCCUCAAGCGAAGACUCGGACGGCGGCAGUUCAUUGAUGGAGCGAAUCACCCGAACGUUCUUGGCCGCCAUUUACGACGCCCCGAUCGAGACGCUCCUGGUCCUUCUCGAGACCAAGCUAGUUGAUUUGCACUCGUACGACGACAUCAACGAGAGAAAUUGCUUGCACCAGGCUGCCAUCUACGGAAAACAGCACGUUCUCGAAUGGGGCUUGGCUGGCGGAGUGGCUGUGGACCGGACAGACGUCUACGGACGAGUCCCUUUACACUACGCUAGUUUACAUGGCCGGAUCGAUAUGCUCGAGGCGUUGCUAAGAGCUAAUCCCAACACAAUCGACAUGAUCGACCACGACAACUUCACACCCUUGAUUCACGCCAUCAUUCAUGGACAUCUCGAGUGCGUGGAGAGGUUGCUUAUCAAGUCGGCACGACUCGACCCUCUGACGGACGCAGACCAUGUGCCAUUGAAUCUGGCCUGCGAGCAUGGAUCAGUUUCGGUAGUGCGGUUAUUGCUCAAGCAUGGCGCCAACAUUCUGCCCGAUGCUGAAGGCCUGUACCCGCAACAUCUGGUAGCCAGGUCUGGGCAAACUUCCGAGCUGCUUCUCCUGCUGCAGCAGUUUGGCGCCGAUCUUGAUCAGGUGGACAAGCUGUAUGGUUGGACGCCACUGGUGCAUGCUGCUAGUGAAGGCAACGUCGAUUGCUUACGAGCCCUGCUAGAAGCCGGCGUUAACCCAAAUGUUCUGGACGAAAAGGACCUGCCAGCCAUGUAUUACGCUGCGUGGGAGGGCCACCUAGCAUGUAUGAAGCUUCUCACCCCUUUCAACACACGCAGCCGCACGAGCCCUCUGAUUCAGCAGCCUCUACUUGCAUCCCAAAGCAGCAGCAGUGCCCCUAUGCCCAUGGCUCUGGACCCGGACGCUAUUCCUGUUCUCGAACUGCCCCCUCCCAUAAUACCACUACGCAGGUACGGGCACAAUUUUCUGGACACCAAGACAGUGGUUCAAAUCAGCUUUGAUACGGAUGGACAGCCUCUUGUCUUCUUCCAGGAUGGCAAGUACCCGGCUGCUCGGCUUACCAUCUCUUCCAAGGUCUCCGACCUCAUCCCCAAGAACAUCAUCCUACCAUUCCAAGAAGAUACCCGCAUUGUUUCCUUCCAGGUCGACCACCUGGACUCAUUCUCUCUCGACUUUGAUGUGUUUCCGGCAUACGGCGCAAAGGUUAUCGCCAAGACAGUGGUUCUACCCAGUACCUUCAAUGCCUUGCAAGGUAGCACAAAGUGUUUUCUUCCCCUGUUCGACCCGCGCUUGAGGGCUAUUGGGCAGAUAAGCUUCAAUACGCAGGUUAUCAAGCCAUUCCAAGGCCAGCCUCUGGAGAUCACCGACUUUGAGACAUACUGGAAGGCGACGAGCCAGUUCAACCAGCCGACGAACCCGAUUGUGACUGGAUCUAGUCUUUCAGGAGACUAUGUUAGGCUCUUUGUGCAGUACACCAGCGAUGGCGUGCCUGUUCUCUGGCCUACAUGGUCCAUCUCGUGUGGUGGCAUCGAGAUACCUGUUUGUCGCCUGUCCCUGGAGCAAUUCACUGCCACAACCGCUCAAUCUCAGGGCCAUGUAGGACUUGCUGCACUAGCCAGCGGGCAGUACAUCGACAUCGCCUCUGCCUACCAGGUCAUGGCUACGGCGGGCGCCACAUUGUCAGAUGCGCUAUCGUUGCUACCGGCAAAUAUACACGCCAACAUACACAUACUGUAUCCGACAAGUGAGGAGGAAAAGAGCCUGGCACUAGGACCUGCACUGGAUGUCAACGUCUUUGUCGAUUCGGUUCUAACCAUUGUAUUCGACCACGCUCGCGCACAGCGGGUACAGUCGCCAGACGUUGUUCGAUCGAUCGUCUUCAGCAGCUACAACCCAAAACUCUGCACGGCUCUCAACUGGAAGCAGCCCAACUUCCCAGUCUUUCUCUGCAACGACCUGGGCCGGGAAGAGACCAUGGACCCGCCGAGUACCAUCCACAGCAGCGGUAGGAGAAGCGCUUCACUUAAGGAGGUGGUGCGGAUCUCGCAGAGCAACAACUUCAUGGGCCUGAUGUGCUACUCGCGCCUUCUUGAUAUGGUCCCCGCCCUCGUCGAUGCCAUCAAAUCGCAUGGUCUCGCACUGGUCAUGGACAAGUCGGCCGAUACGCCUGAACUAGAUCCUCAAGUCGAAUCUUCUGGGCGAUCUGUGCCCCAGGGCGUGGAUGGGGUAUUGCGCAGUCACGGUGUCUUGCGUUUCAACGACUCAAUAGACAUGUAG